UCCGAUAGAGUGUCUAAUAAUCCAGUAAUAACAAACAGCGACGCAUGUACUCGCAGCAUCCCAAACACCAGCAUCUUCUCACUGUUUUCGCCAAACAAAUCCGGCUGAAAAUCCACCUCAUUCCGCUUGAAAUGGGUUGUUUCGGUGGGUUUUACUGACACUAGUGAGUCGGAUCUUUCCCUGUAUUUGUGGCCCCCUUCUGCCCAUCAGCAGCCCCCCUCAUACGUCUUUAAAAUGCUGAGAGAAAGCUCCAAGGCAUGGAGCAAUGGCUCAGAGACCUACAGCAGUGAUCCCGAAGAGGACGAGGAGGAGGAAGAGGACAUGGUCUUCGGGGAGACGGACCAGGACGGCAUGGCGGAGGAAAUGAUGGACCUGAGCGACCUCCCUACGGCGCUUUUCGCAUGCAGCGUCCAUGAAGCUGUGUUUGAGGAGGAUGUACACAGGGAGCGGUUCGAGGCGUUGUUUAGGAUCUACGACGAUCAAGCAACUUUCCAGAUGUUCAAAAGCUUCCGGAGAGUCCGGAUCAACUUCAGCACCCCAGAGGCCGCGGCCCGCGCUCGCAUCGAGCUGCAUGAGUCCGAGUUCAACGGCAAGAAGCUCAAACUCUACUUUGCCCAAAUCCAGAACGGUGAUGAGGACAUCGACAAGUCCUAUCUGGCCCCUCCCCAACCCGUCAAACAGUUCCUGAUCUCGCCACCCGCUUCGCCACCCGUGGGCUGGAGCCAGAGCGAAGACGCUACGCCCGUCAUCAACUACGACCUGCUGUGUGCAGUAGCCAAGCUGGGACCUGGCGAAAAGUACGAGCUCCACGCGGGGACAGAGUCGACCCCCAGCGUGGUCGUCCAUGUGUGCGAGAGCGAGACGGAGGAGGACGAGGCGGCGCGGCCAAAGCAGCAGAUCGUCCAGACCAGACGUCCCGACGGACCCCCCAAAGUCUUUAACUAGAGAGGCCCCCCCUCCCAAACACACACACACACACCGACACCGACGCGGCCCCCGACCGCCUCCUUAAACCCGCAACACACCUGCCCUCUCUCUCUCGUCUCUGCACUCACAGAGAGCGUUGAUGCCCCUCAUUUCAGUUCAACUACAAGCAAAAACAAAACCAACAAACAUUGCUCGAGACGGUGUUUGUGGAGAGCGUGGCGAUGGAAUGAGGCGGCUUGAAGGGGAUGGAUGAGAAUCACACACACACUCAUCACAUUCUGCGGACAGCGUGGGGAGAGGCGGGCAUGCACGCCUCCACCCCCACCAAACCCACCCCCCCCUCCUCCUCUGGUUUUCAGCGUGAGGGGUUCAAAUACCUGUCCCAACGCAGGCACCUGUCACUUAUCACACACUCAGCUCUCAUUGCUAGUCCGUAGCUUGCUAGUCAGUUAGCUUGUUAGCCGUACCUCUCCUGUCUCAGUCGUGUGUGCACAACAAUCUUUGGUUGAGGACAUGCAAUACCUCAAAACAAAGACUUUUUUCAUUUUUUACAAUGUGUUUUCAGGUUAUUUAUGUCUACUUUUUGUUUUGGUUUUUUUUCAUCCAUUUUCAUAUCUGCUGGUUUCUUGCUUCAGCUUGCAUCAAGAUUGAGUGUGUGAUGUUCCCGCUCUUGUCUGCAUGUAUAUACUGUAUUACAAAAAAUACAAAAAACACUAAUACUAACAAGGUAUAUCAAGAAAAAGCAACCUAUUUAACAUCACACACAGCACGAAGCGCCAUAUGUGACUAACAAAGUUGUGGUGGUUGUUUGACUUUUUUUCUCUUUUUUUUCCGCUUGUUUUUUGGCUUUUUGUCUUUUUUUUAUUUGGAGAGGUGUUGUUUUUUGCUAAACUACUAGAUGUGUAUUCUCAAUAUGUAUUUGAUAACCCAACACUUUUUGCAUGCUUAAGUACUUCUGUAGAUGAGGAGCUGAGGUGUUUUUUUUUUUUUUAAUUGUCGUUUGUAAUGACAGGGACAUGGUGUGACGCUUUUUGACGCAAGUGCAUAUGCCCAUGCAGAAUUUACAGAGUGACAACUGGGGGAAAUGGAAAAAAAAAAAAAAAAAAAUCUGAAUGGGUGUUUUUUUGUAAAGGUUGACAGUUCCGUCUUCAGUUUGACAGCAAAUUUGCAUUUGUCGCUUUUGUUGGAAUUUGAUGGAUCAGAGACAGUUCAUCCCCCUCAUUUUUCUUCAAAGGGGUUCGGUACGUGGUUUUUAUUUUCUGAUGUUUGUUGUAAUCACAUCUUGGUUAUCUUGUUUGAUCACCCACUUUCUAUGUGUCAGGUUUUGAAACCUACUACUGCUUGUUUUGCACUGAGUAUCUCUUGAUAUCUCCAAGCAAUUUGCGAGGGUCUCUACUGUCUCCUGCUGCGCACCGACCAGUUGACAUGCGCUGCUUCUCGCUGUAAAUAGCUGAAUGGAAUAUUUGUGGAAAUAGUCCUUUUAGAUUUUGUAGUUUACCUGAAAGCAUUUUUGCUGAGAAAAGGGAAAAUUAGGAAGCCUCAUGAGAUAUCAACCAAAGCAUUCACUCACCACAUGUUGUCAUCAAUAUUUUUGAUGUAGAUUGUUUAAACUGAGCUGGAAGAAAUCAUAUUUUCCCAACACGAGCGCAGUACUUUGUAUUCUAUCAUUUAAUUGUGCUUUAACAUUUAAUUUGAAGUUUGUGUAUUUUUCAGUUGAAACCCAAACAAAUAGACUAGAAAUGAUAAGCUAUUCACUUUUUUAAAGCUUCCCCAUGUUAGAUUAUUUUAGUGCUUUUAAAGCGACAUGAACAAAUGUUCCCUUUUGGAUGUGUAAACGCUCUUUCAAAGGCAUGAAAUCUGAAAAGACUUUUGCUAUAACAAUAAUAAUCAAAAGACAAAUCCCUCUGCAUGUGAGCACUUUAUUGUCAAUGUUUUGUUUCCUUCUUGAAAUCCCUCUUUCUUGAGACAAAGUAGGAAGCAUUUCUUUCUUUUGUGUUUUUUUUUUGUUGUUUUUUUUUUCAUCUCAAGCUGAACACCUGGUUAGCCUUUUCACCAGCAUAUUGCAGUGAGUGAAACACUCCACUUCCUUUUUUUGCGAGUGUGAAGUUCAGAGAAUUUCAGGCCUUUUUGGAUCCAGUGGAGUGUAUUAUCUAAGCAGAAAAAGAUGUACAGAUACAGCUUUAGAAGAGGUAGUGUUUUUCAAAUGGAGCAUGACGACACUGCAGAACAAAAUAAAUGUCUGUUUUUGUGUGUUUUGUCCGCAAGAAAUAUUCAUCUUAUCUUCUGAGAAACAGUUCUUUGAAAUGCAUCAUAUUGGCACUGCAGUAAAGCUGUCGCAGCUAUGGAAGCAGACAGCAGAUGAUGAUGAUAAACAGGAAGCAGCAGAGCAGGAGGGAGACACACAAGGUUUUUUUACUCUCUAUGGUCACAGUGUUUAAAACUGGGUGCAUCUUGGUCACAGUUGAAAUGAAAAUGUAUAUUUAUGUACAUAUGCCAAGUGUUUUAUUUUUCUUUUUUGUUGCUGAGGCCAGUCCCAGUGUGCAGUUUGUUACGGCUUCUCUUGGCAAUGUUGUAAUGGAAAAAAAAUGACAAAAAUGUGUAACAACAAGUCCCAAUGAUGCUCGAACAAAAACCAACUGUCAUUGUGUUGUGUUCAACAUGGACUCUGUUUGAAUGUUUCUUUUAUUUCUGGGGAACGUCUACUAAAGAGGUCAAUACUACCGUUUGUCACUGUUGUACUGUUUCUGUUGAAAUAUGAAUAUUGUGUCUUGUAUUGUAGGAAUCCAGAAAACAAAGUAGCAAAACAAGCAAUAAUUUACAGUUCUAUAAUACCGGUAUGUGUAUUUUCAUGUUAUGUACUUAUUUCUCAGAGAUGGUCUCUGUCUCUUACAGUAUCCGCUUCUCUUUGUGUAGUAUAUAGUCAUUUGUUUCACAUAGAGAAAUACAUAAAGACUUAUUCUUAAAA